UCGCAAACUGCCAAGAGUUGACUGCGCCGUCGAGUACUGCGGAGAAACGCGUCGAUUUCUAAACACUUUAAUAAAGUUCAGUUCACUAGUCAAUUAGCAAAACAAACAAACAUGAACCGGAUCGCUGUGCGAGGUGACCACGGCGUCAAAGCGUCACCCAAACAAACGAGACUUUCGGUUGGCUUGGGUACAUCGGCAUCGAUUCAAAUUCAUGCAUCGGCAACCCCUUCAAACAUAUUGCCACGGCCAAUCUCCCCGCAUACCGGCACACCACCGACUGCGAAGGAAGCAGAUAUGACGACGCCAGCGGGCAAGCGGAUGAGCUUGCAUGAGAACUUGCUGUUGCGCAUCCUCUCUACAACUCCCAGCGAUAAGCCGUUGUUCCGGCAGAAUUCUUCCGAUGCAACCCCCUCACAGCGCACUACCGACGAUUCCUUCGACAGCUGCUUGUCGGGCAGUGAGUCUCCGUUGCUGGGCUUCUUCAACGCCACCCCCGAUGCCAUGCGAUGCAACACUCCGCCGAACGCCGAGGGAAUCGUAAACAACCGCCACUUGCAAAUGCUGUACCGCGAUUUGAACAGUCCUUCUGCGACGGCGCGGCUUCGUGCGUUGCGUGCGCUAAAAUCACCAAGCAAACGCAACGCGUACGGAAACUUCGAUGUUUCCUACGCCGAACAGGAUAUCAUUACGGCCGAAGAACGAAUCGAGCCGGAAAAGCGAGACAUCCGGGAUAUACUGGGCAAUGUGUGCGUGUACGUUGAGGUGCGCUCCGGGACGGACAAUCGAUCCGAUGGCAUCAAGGAACACGUUGCAUCUUUGGGAGCGAAAGUGAAUGAGCGUUUGUUGAAGGACACAACACACGUCAUAUUCAAAGAUGGCCUGCUCUCGACCUACCAGAAGGCAAAGAAGAUGAAUAUUCCGGUCGUUUCUGUGCUGUGGAUUGAAGCCUGCAAGCGUCACAUGUGCUUGAUGAAUCCAGAUGAUUUCAAUAUAUCGAACGUAGAACGCUAUGAAAAUCCAGAGCUUUUCAAAAGAAUAAGACGUCAAAAAUCAAUGCAACCAGGUGCUACAGAAACGGCCGGCAAUAAAAAACGUACCGCAGUUACGGGUAAACCUAAAGGACCCCUAGUCAUAUCGCCUCCCUCAAAGCUGCCAGUGCUUCACCGGAUUCGCAACGACGAUCAAUUGGAGCGAAUUUUGAAUGAUUUCGAGGCGCAUAAUCAAAUAGCUAACGCCAACACGGGUCCGAUCGACGAAUUUGACGAGAUGCUACAUGGCGCACCAAUGCGAAUGCUGGAACGCUUCCGGUCAACACCAACUCAAUUGGAUAGUCCUGCUACCGAUAUUGCAAGAGGUACGGUUGAUGUUGAUGAAGCGUAUACUACACCACAAGGAACUACGAAUGCCAAGUCUAACACAGAAACGCGUCGGGAAUUGUUCGCCGUUGCCGACUCUGGAUCGAAGAAAUCGGCCGGUUCGAGUGCAUCCAGAUCACGCCGCCGAACGAUUCUUUUUACUCCUCAAAUGAAGAACUUGGAAGAGGAAAACGUAGCUCCGAGCCCACUGAAUUGCAUCGAGGAAACACCAAAAGAAUCCACCGGACGAUCUCGAAGGCGGACGAUGGUUGCUGCAUCUGAGCAAACGCCACAAAAUGUGUCAGAAACUAGUUUCAGAGGUCGCCGGAAAACUAUCGUAGCGGUGGACAGCAAACAAAACCACCCAGCAGCAGCACCAACACCAAACAAGCGCACCCGACGUAGCUCGAUGGCCACCGGGAAUGGGGUGAAAUCCCCUCCCGCCAUCGAUGCAUGCCAGAAUCAACAGCGCAAAACAGUGGUGGCAAGCAAAGAAAAUAUCUCGCCUUCGUUGCUGCGCACACCAGUCACGGAUGGCAGAAAAGAUCGAUCCUCGACGCGAAGUCGUCGAAAAACGGUCACUUUCGGUAACGAAGAGAACACGCCACCAGCGGUAGCGUUGGGUCUUUCUCAUACACUAAUUACCAAGCGAGCUACCAUCUGCUCACCCAAGGAUAUGGAAGUCUCGACUAUUCCUCAAACUUCCGCGCCCAAUACCAAGCAUGCAACGGAGCUGACGAAAAUUAACAGUAAUGGUUCCGAGAUGAGCGUCACUUCUCCGGCUGAGAAAUCAGUCAUAAAUAAAAUCGAUGGCAAGACAUCAACUAGCGUCCAGCGUCGUAGCUUAUUUAAUCCCUCCGCUGCAGCGGAUAUUGUACCGGGAAAAAACACAGACAACACCGGGACAUCCGUAAUGUCAAUCUCAUCCACAUCGACCGGUUCCGUACGACGCCGAACUCUUUUCAAACCGGGAAACUCUACCUUCAUGGAACCGCUGGAAGUCAGCGAAACGCCUCCUGAACCAUCAGCUGCGCAAUCGCGCGCUGAUUCGACACAUAACGGUAGCAGCAUAUGUAACCGACCAAAUCCAACCUCCAGUUCGACCCCGAAACCGACUGCGACGGGAAAGGAAACUAAUAUGCGACGUAAAACACUGCUGGAAGCGUAUGAGGAAUCGGUUAUGUUUAGCUCAACGCGUGCACCGGACCGUCGCAGGCGCACAAUAUUCGACAUUUCGAUGGACAUCAUGGAUCAACGGCUAUCGGAGAUCAAUCGACAGGCUGCUGCUGCAAAAAAACAGACAACAUCGGGGUCUUCGAACCUGGCUAAUGAAAAGGACGAUUUUGCAGCAGUAGACGUACAACAGUCCCAUCCAGUUGGCCUAAUAUCUCCACCGCCAUCUCAAGGGCAACAGACCUCACUUACUGAGUUUUACCGGAAGGCUGUGAGAUCAUGUGAGAAAUCGAGUAAGCCAACUGAAAGAUCAACGAGCAGUAGCAGCAGCGUCACGGAAGAACCUCCUGCCGUUGUGCCACGCAAGCGAAGGCUUUUUAACGUUCAAAGCACGGAAGAGCAACCGAUCGCUAAGACACCACCGAUUGCUUCCAAGCCGAUCACUGCUAGAACCACUGCGACCAAAAGACGAUCACUUGCACCAACCCAUGACGGACCGAUGGAUCAAACUGCUUCACUUAAGAAACGUCGCACAACGGCCCUUUUCGAAUCGCUGCCCGAAGCGCAAGCAACGAAGAAAAAACAGCAGCAGCAGCAAUUCCCUAUAGGACGUGGGUUACCGACGGUGGCAUCCCAGUACAACCACGGAGCAUCGAACCACCAACAGGAACGACAAUAUUUGGCUACGACUAACCUACACACCGAGCAGACCGCAUUCGUGAAGGAGGCCAUUGAGAAGCUCGACGGUUUCAUAAUCGAGCAGGACGUCUCGGACAACACUACCCAUCUCGUGUCGCUGGAGCCUCGGCGCACCAUCAACCUCCUGCGGGCACUGGUGCGUGGUCUCUGGAUCGUCCGGUACGAUUGGAUCGUCGAGUCGUUCCGGGCCCGUCGCUGGCUACCGGAGGAACAGUUCGAAGUGCGCGACUUCUCGAUGGCCGUUCAGAUUAAUCGCAGCGAGCGUCAGGCAUUCGGGAGCCAGUAUCGUAGCGAGCUGUUCACAGACUAUGGCCCGUUCUGGGUGUCACCGGGUUGUGCCGUUCCGGCGCGACAGCUUCGUGAACUGCUGCUCCUUUGCCGUGGGAAGGUGACCGGGAAUAAGCUAAAGGCCAAGUACCUUGUGGUGGAAAAUGACGACGAAGGAAGACAACCCCACAGUGAGCAAGCUUCGGCCGAUGGACAGAUUUUCGUCACUCCGCUGUGGAUCCUGGACAGUAUUACCGUCAAUAAGGUAAAGAAACUUUCAUGUUUUUGGGUGUCAAAUUUUAGCUGCUGAUAAGACGACUUAUAUUUUUUAUACAAAAAGUCGUUCAAUAAGACUGAAUAGUAUAAAAGGUAUUAAACGAUAUCACUACUGAUUAAUUUACUUUUAACUUACUAAUAUAGGUUUCAAUG